AGGUUUAGCCGUCGAGGCGACGCGGGGGAGUUGCUGGUCGUGCUUGCGCAGUCGAGGAGGCUCCAAGGCUCUAGACGCUCGCUCUGGCCGCGCUCUUAGGGCCCUGCGGGUAUCUGUUCAGCGAUCCGGCAGCCGUAGGGGCACUGCCAUCUACCUGUAACCUGCCCGCUAAACCGGCCGACCUGUAGCAGUGGAGCCGCUUUCCCUGUCCCUAGGUCUGAUGGAGAGCAGCUGAAAUCAACGCCAAAACAGAACCAGCAGAACUCGCAAACCCGAUAAUGGCCAGCUCCAGGCCUGCAAAUCAAACUCAAUGGGCAGGACACCUUUCUGGAUUUGAUGCAGCCCGCGCUUCUCUCUCUGGGGUCCUCUGUAUUGCCCAAGCUCCCAGGCCUUUCGUUUCCUACCGCUACAGUGCUCUUGCUACUGUGGCCACUGGCCAAUCGGAAGUGUUUCAGCCCUCGCCAGCAAGCGCGUGAUGCGUAAAUUACGUACCUCCUAACUGGGGCCUCAAUUUAAAGGUUGCAAGCACACAGUGCGUCAUGGCCCGGUCGCGUACUGUCCCCACCAUUCCU